UGCCGGGGGAGAGGGAGCCCGCAUCGCCCCUCUCUGCGCCUCCUUCAAUCAGGACUGCACCUCAUGCCCUUCUAUUAAGACACUUACAGAUCUCUGGCAGUUGGUACUAUCUCUGGUUAUAAACUAUUUUCAUUGACUUCGGUGGACAGAUUGGAAGAAAUCUACAAAUGCAGUUUGCACAUCUGACGUUUGGCGUCACUUCAUCACUAAUGAAUUGCAAAUUUGAGCUCUAGCACUGGUAGUUCCAGUGUUAAAGAAGCCCUCUGAGCCAAAAAAGGAUGGAGACCUUCCUCCAAUAAUAUCUGUGUGGCCUGCACUGAUUGGUAUAUUGCACGUGGUGAAAGUGUGGCUAUUAAUGUGUACGUCACGGAGAAGGCAAAUCAAGACUCCAAUCAGUGUCUAACACUAGCUUGAUGCCUGAUCAGACAUUUUGAACUCAGACACCCCCGAUGUGUAUAUUGUGGAACGGCUGUUUUCCAGCAGCCUGGUGGUCAUUGUCAGCCUCUCCACACCACAGAAGAUGAACGUUUAUCAUUUCAAGAAAGGGACUGAGAUCUGCAACUACAGCUAUUCAAAUACCAUCCUCACUGUCAGGCUGAACAGACAGAGGUUGGUAGUUUGUUUGGAGGAGUCCAUUUACAUUCAUAACAUCAAGGACUUGAAGUUACUGAAAACUAUUCAGGAUAUACCACCAAACCGCACAGGACUCUGUGCACUUUCCAUCAAUCAUUCCAACUCAUACCUGGCAUAUCCUGGGAAUGCCACAAUAGGAGAGAUAGUGAUUUAUGAUGCAAAUAACUUGCACAGCAUUUCUGUAAUUCCUGCACACGAUGGUCCACUUGCAGCACUGACCUUCAACUGCACAGGUUCAAAACUGGCAAGUGCCUCGGAAAAGGGGACAGUUAUUCGUGUCUUUUCCAUUCCUGAAGGAGAGAAACUCUACGAAUUCAGGAGAGGAAUGAAAAGGUAUGUAAAUAUUGGCUCACUGGCUUUCAGUGGAGACUCCCAGUUCCUGUCAGCAUCAAGUAAUACAGAAACUAUUCACAUCUUCAAACUUGAACAGCCCAGCCAGAGCAGGCCUCAGGAGGAAUCUCCUUCUUGGAGUGGAUACAUGGGAAAGAUGUUUAUGGCAGCCACUAACUACCUCCCUACCCAAGUCUCGGGCAUAAUAAACCAGGAUCGAGCAUUUGCCACAGUACGUCUCAACUUCUCUGGGCAACGAAGCAUCUGUACACUUACUGUGAUACAGAAGUUACCUCGACUUCUUGUUGCUGCCUCAGAUGGAUUUCUCUACAUUUACAAUUUGGACCCUCAUGAUGGUGGAGAGUGUGUUCUGAUAAAGAAACACAGGCUGCACAAUGAAGAUGACAACAAUGACACUGCCAAAUCUGACUUGACACCUUCCACCUCACCAACCUAUGCAGCAACUGUUGCCAAAACCAGCUUAGUACCUUCGCCAUCGACAGCACCAGGAUAUUCUGAGGAUGGGGGGACUCUGCAUGGAGAGAUCAUUCCUGAACAUGAGUUUGCUGCUGGUCCAUUACAUCUGGAUGAUGAGACUGAAUUCCCUCCUAUUUAUUCAAGCCGAGGAAGCCACAGUGAAAAGAAGAAGAAGUUAUGAGACUGAGAGAAACAGGAUUAGAUUCGUGAGUGAAGAUAGUGAUUUAGACACCACGAUUUGAAGAACGGUCUGAAAUCGGUACGCAUGAGAUGGAGUAAUUAUAAUUCACAAAGAUCUUUUUAAAACAAAAUCCCCAUUAAUCAGGAGAAAGUGAGGACUGCAGAUGCUGGAGAUCAGAGCUGAAAAAUGUGUUGCUGGAAAAGCGCAGCAGGUCAGGCAGCAUCCAAGGAGCAGGAGAAUCGACAUUUCGGGCAUAAGCCCUUCUUCAGGAAAUCCUAGUUGAUUUUAACCUACUGCAAAUCCUCUUGCAAGGAUGCCUUCCUUGAAGAAGCUCUCCCCAUUAAUCAGCCUUGUAUGUCUGCGACCAAUUGUAGUUGUCUUCAGGGAACCAAAAUGAAUAUGUUAUAAGGAAAAAUGCACGACAAAGCUAAUCUAAUUAACAACGCCACAUGGAACAGAAAUAUUAAUAAUUUUCUUAGUAUGGGUAUUUAAUCCUAUUACUUUGAAAGGUUUUAUUAUAUAGUAGUUACUCUUGAAAAUGUUGUCCAACAUGUAUUUUAUUAUUUUAUAUGUAUAUCUUAAACAUAUAUAAAUGUACCAAUUUAUCACCUCAAGCAAGGUCCUCAGCCAACCAGGCUGUCAGAAGUGCCUUUUCCAACUAUUUUAUUGUCAGAGUGUUUUGAAUGAAAUUGCACAAAAUUGUAAUGUUCAUCAAAUAAUGUAGCUAUAGAAAUAAAAUGUUGCAAUAUG